GAAGACAGCCGUCCACAGGCCAGCAGCAGCUAGCUAGCAAGACAACGUAAACACUGGGACGUUUUGGCAGCUUAGCGUUUGAUUUAUUCGCCGCUAUUUGUUGGAGAACAACUACACGAUGUGGUAGUUUAGCCGAACAUGUUUGUUUGUAUCUCGGAACAACCAAAACGCCUUGAAGUUAUCCUGCUAACGGAUGCCCAUGAUUCAGCUAGAGAAACCAGUGCUGACUGGAACCAUGCCAGUGGUAUGGCCCACCAUCCUUGACCUGGGCAGGGAUGAGUGCAAAAGAAUUCUCAGAAAACUCGAGCUGGAGGCUUAUGCUGGCGUCAUCAGUGCCCUGCGAGCACAAGGAGACCUGACGAAGGACAAGAAGGAUUUGUUGGGAGAGCUCACUAAAAUCCUCGGGAUCUCAACAGAACGCCAUCGUGCGGAAGUUCGCAGAGCCGUCAACGAUGAGCGCCUCACUACCAUCGCAUAUCACAUGUCGGGUCCGAACAGCUCGUCUGAAUGGUCCAUUGAGGGUCGCCGGCUUGUCCCCUUGAUGCCGAGGCUGGUCCCUCAGACGGCAUUUACUCUGACUGCUAAUGCUGUGGCCAGUGCCACGGCCAAUCAGAAUGCAUCCCUUCUGUUGCCGGCGGAAACAGGAAACAAAGAAGUGGUUGUAUGUUACUCCUACACGAGCACCACCGGCACCUCCACCAGCGUGACAGCUACCAGCGGUGCCAUAGGAGCAACUGUGAAAUCCCCGCGACCGCCCAGUCCUUCCUCGAACGUGGUGGUGCUGCCCAGCGGGAGCACCGUCUAUGUGAAAAGCGUGAGCUGUUCCGACGAGGACGAAAAGCCUCGCAAGCGCAGGCGGACAAACUCUUCCAGCUCGUCGCCGGUGAUGCUGAAGGAGGUCUCCAAGGUGACGCUGCCGGUUUCCAAGAGCAUCACGGUGCCGGUGAGCAGCCCCAAGAUGAGCAACAUCAUGCAGAGCAUUGCCAACUCGCUGCCGCCCCACCUGUCCCCCGUCAAGAUCACCUUCACCAAGCCCACCAUCCAGACCACCAACACCACCACACAGAAGGUGAUCAUCGUGACAACUUCCCCCAGCUCCAACUUUGUGCCCAACAUCCUGUCCAAGUCUCACAACAAUGCCGCGCUGUCCAAGCUGGUCUCCACCUCCAUGCUGACCGCUACCGCCCAGAAACAGACGGUGGUCUUCCCAGCCAGUCCCACCCCCAACACCGUCGCAGUGACCACAGUGGUGUCCGCUACUCCGUCAGUGGUCAUGUCAACAACAUGUGCUGCUUCAGCCGGAGUGAAGGUGGCUUCAGCCAGACUUCCUUCACCCAAGACCCUGAUGGGAUCGCCGGCUCAGAUCCUGGCCCAGUUCCCCAAACAGCUGCCGCAGAGCUCAGCUAUGGGGGUCAGCCAGACCCAGGCCACCAACACCUCACCGGGCUCCAAGCCCAGCAUUCAGAUCAAACAAGAGUCCGGGGUCAAGAUAAUCACUCAGCAGGUUCAGCCCAGCAAAAUCCUGCCCAAGCCUUCGUCGGUGGCUUUGUCCAGCAGCAGCUCGUCCCCCAUCAUGGUCGUCAGUAGCAAUGGAGCCAUUAUGACAACCAAACUGGUCACUCAAUCCACAGCUACCCAGUCCACCUACACGAGACCGACUGUGAGCCCCAGCCUCGGCGCCAGAAUAUCAGCCACCAGCGGUGGGACCACCUACGUCAAGACCACCAGCGGCAGCAUUAUCACAGUGGUGCCCAAGUCUCUGGCCACGCUGGGCGGCAAGAUCAUCAGCAGUAACAUCGUCUCCGGCACAACGACUAAGAUCACCACCAUCCCCAUGACCUCCAAGCCAAACGUCAUUGUGGUUCAGAAAACCACAGGAAAAGGAGCGACCAUCCAAGGACUACCUGGCAAGAACGUGGUCACCACACUUUUAAAUGCUGGGGUGUUGCCAAAGUUUGAAACCUUCACAUCCUACACAAAGGGUGAGAAAGGCCUGCAGGCUCUUCAGGGGUCCAAACCGGCGAUCAUCACCGCCUCCAGACCCAUCACCAAGAUGAUCGUCACCCAGCCCAAAGGCAUGAUCUCUGGAUCCCAGGCCACCACCACCAAGAUCAUCCCAACCAAGAUCGUCUACGGCCAGCAGGGCAAGACACAGGUUUCCUUCCAGGUUCUCAUCAAGCCCAAGCCAGUCUUCCAGACGGCGAUAGUGAGCGAACAGACCCGGCAGCUGGUCACCGAGGCGCUGCAGCACGUGACCCGCUCGGCAGAAAUCGUGCAGGUUCAGGUCUCGAGCCAGGACGGGUCCACGAAGGACGACUCCGGAAGCUUAGCGGGCGAGUCCUCGUCCCACAGCAGCGCUCACGAGCCUCAGCCUGUUGUGCACAUGGUGUCCUCCAGAGAGCAUGAUUGGACAGAGCAGGAAAUAUCGGUGGAGUCCAGCCCGACUAUAAUCUACCAGGAGGUGUCUGCUGGGGAAUCCCAGUCCGCUACCUCCACCAUCAAAGCCCUUCUGGAGCUUCAACAGACAACAGUGAAGGAGAAAGCCGAGUCCAAACCCAGACAGCACACCAUCGACCUGAGCCAGAUGGCCGUGCCCAUCCAGCUGGCCCAGGAGAAGAAGCCCAGCCCGGAGUCCCCCAGGCCCUCCACCUCAGAGGCUGAACCCAGCACUGAGUACGUCACAGCAGGCAAAGUCAGCAGCAGAGUGGGGGUGCCCUCCGAGGAUGAUAACGUGGUCAUGUCCUCCAGCCAGCAGCUAGGGAAGCCCUACAAAAUCAGCAGCCAGGUUACCGUGGUAACCAAACCGGCUGCUGUCAUCACCUCCGCGGCCGUCAGCCACGUGGUGAGGACGCAGGCGGGUACUCUGCCCUCGGACAGCCACGGGAAAACCGAGACCGUGUUGGAGGUGGGCGAGCUGGAAGGCGACACCUUGGACCCCCAAACAGGCUUGUUCUACCGCUCCAGCCAACCGGCUUCAGAUCCCAUGAAGCAAACCUCCUCGAGUCGGGCGGAGGCCGAGCAGAGCCGGCUCAGCUCCGCCUCCGUGCAGCCGCCACCACAACUCUAUAGCAAACCUCAAAUCAGCCAGCCUUCCUCCUCCUCUUCCGUUGCCGCCGCCUUCCCUUCCACUCUUCCUCUGACGAAGAAACUCCCGAAACUACGAGAGCAGAGUCAGCCCAAACCCCAGGCCUUAACCCAGAGCCCCAAAGACAGACCACUGACUGCACCGGCCCAAGUCGGAGCUAAGGUCACGACCCCGGGCACCCUAAGCAAGCCCCUGUUGACGCCGCAGCUGCCGAAGCUCCAGCAGGCGCCCACAUCCCACCACAGACCCCUGCACACGCCCAUGUCCCACCCUCCUCCGCUGCAGGCGCACCACCCUGUCAGCACGGAAAAGACGGCCUCCAGCCAGCAGCCGAUCAUCACACAGAGCGCCACCGUCACCAAGAUCACCUUCGGCGGCUCCCACCACACGUCGCAGGUCUUCAGCAGCGGCGAGGCCACCGCCAAACUGAUCCCGGAGUCCAGCACCAGGUCCUCGGGGGACAAGCCCUCGGUGUCGGACAUCCUGAAGAUCUCCAUGAUUGAGGCGGAGAUCGACCCGAGCACAGAGCCUAUGGUGGUGGAUUCCUCCAGCGACUGCGGCCCUCUGGGAAAAUCCGUGGCGGUCCGGGCCGUGUCGGGGACACUGGACUCGGGCCAGUUCAUCAGCAGCUCUGGGGCCUCCAUGCAUCAUUCCCACACAAAGUCCCAGCAGUUCGGCUGCAUGCAGGGUCUCACCGCACAGAGGAGCAAAGAAGACCUGGAGGUCAUUGAGGUGAUUCCUCAGUAUUCCAUCCUGCCGGACUCCAGCCAGUCCAACGUGGUGGUGGAGCCCAGCGGCUUCCUGGAGAUCACCAACUACACCAGCCAGCAGCUGGAGGAGGACAGCCCCAUGGAGCAGGAGGUGGACAGCAGCAACGACGAGGCCACGGCAGCCAGCCCCCGCAACCAACCAUAGACACUCCUCGCUGGUGGUUUGUGGGCACGGACCCGUUGCCCACAGACCCUGGUUUUCAUAGUGCAAGAGCAAAAAUGCUUUCCCUUUUUCCUUUUUAUUUUUUGUAAAAUAUUAGUUUGUUCAUAAUAAGUACUCGUUUUCCUCUCCACGACUAAUGGCACAUGUGUUUUUUAUUGCCAGAGAGGAGCGCUGCGAUGUAAAAUGAGGGAGCGAGGUGAAAGGAUUAGUUUUAGUGCAGCCCCAGACAGUUGGAAAAGCAGCCACUCCAAACAAACCUUCCAGGACAGUUGCACAUCCGUGAAAUUGAUUACUUGGAAGUUUUGGUACCGUGCCUUGUGCCACUGUACAUCAUUUCACAUAACAUACAGCCAGAUCAAACCACUGCAGUGCUGCAUUUAUGUUGAUAGUCCAGAGUAUUUCAAAUAUAUGUUCUCCCAUUUUGUGUACAAAGCAACUCUCCUGCUGAUGAACGUCUGAAGGGUUUUUCUACCAGAUGAACAGUAUUUCUUUUGACUGAGGUGCAGCUUUUUAACAGUAAAAUCUUGUAAAUAGCUCAUGGGAUUUAAGUGAGAGGAUAAAGCUGGAGCAGAUUGAAAUUACUACGUGGAAGGAACAUAAACCAGACAAGAGGAAGGAUAACAUAUGUGUUACUGUUUAUUGUAACUGAUGUAAUGUAAAAAGAACAUUAUGAAAUGUACCUUUUUUUGGUUGUAAGAUAUAUUCUGCAGUUAAAAGGUUGCUGUGAGAAUUUCCUUAAGUAUGCAUUUGCUUCUGCAUAGUGUGUUUGAACUAUGCAUUUAUUUUAUACCUUUUCAAACUAGAUGACCGGUUGAGAAAAAAAAUCAUUUAAUCUGCACAAUAAAUCCGCUGAGUAGAAUAUG